GGCCCCGAGCACCGCCCCGCUCCCUCCUCUGGCGGCUCUGAGGGCUGUGAGGGGCGGCGCCCGGCGGCUGUGGCGGCUGUGUCUCGUAGCAACGCGCCAUGGCGGCGGGCGAGCAGCAGAGCCGCGACUACCUGGAGCGGCACGGGCUGCCCGCGCUGUUUCACCGCCUCGCCGCGCUGCUGCUGUACCACCGGCCCGAGCGGCCGCGGCAGUUCCUGAUCCAGACGCUGGAAGCGGUGCGAGCGGCGAGGCGCGGCGGGGCGGCCAUGCCGGCAGUGCUGGACGAGGCGGAUGUGGAGACCAUGUUCCGCAUGAUGGACGCCGCGGGGCGCGGCUUCGUCACGGGCCGGCAGUGCCGAGCAGCUCUUGAGACGCUGGGGCUGAGCACGGCGGAGCUGCGCGUCUGGGACGAGGAGGAGAUCGGACUGGCCACGUUCAAGGAAGAGAUGCUGAAAACACUGCUGGAAGGCUGGACCGUGUAGUAGUUGGAACAGUGCUGUGCUCUGUGUAUUUAGAAUAGCUGCUUUGCUUCAUCCAUUUACUAGUGCGUCAAGCUGACUUUAUUGCUAUAUGCACUUAUUGUUUUAUGACUAUAUGCACUUAUUUUUUUCCCCAUCCAUUUUAGCUGUAAAGAACAAACAACAAAAACACAUUUAUGUUUACCAGGCACUAGAAAUGUAUUAAUUACAAUAAGAUCGCCUGAUUAAGUAGAAACCCCUUUUACAAAUCCAAAGUGCGUGCUCUGGCAUUUCUUCCUCCAACUGUGGCCUUUCAGUGCUGGUACAAAAAGAACAUCAGCAGCUUCAGCAGCUUCAGCACGUUCAUGUUUGGAGAAAGACAGCACUGCCAAAUAACAGCCUUUAAAGCUCAAGCAUAAAUGAAGUCCUGUUCAAAAAAUAGAGGGCACUUUGGGACAGCAAAAGAAAUAAAUUGAAUUUUGAAUUCGUGUUGAUAAAUAAAACAGUGAUAUAUUCCUUCA